UCAUACACCUGCUGGAGAGGAGACGGAUGGUCGGACAGGUAAACACGGUGACGCCGAAUCAUGUUUAUGUUGAGGUGAGGUAGCUGCCUCGACUUGAAAACCCAGAUGUGAACAGCUGCUUCCAUUAUAACCGUAGUUUUCAGGCGAUAGCUCGCCUCUUGAGCUGCCGGUGGGCUAACGACAGCUAGCUGGCGUCAAGCUAGCCGCUUCCAGCCAGCACACGAGCGGAAGUGUUUCCUUUGGUCUCCAACGUAAACGAGUAAAGUGUAUCAGAUAACUGUUAAAAUGUCAUUCAUACAUGUUAAAUAAUCUUGUCAUAAACAAUGCAGACAUACGUCAAAGAUACACAUGUUAAGUGAUUGUUAUAAGAUAUGAUCAUAGACUGAUUGAUGCGCGGUAAUGUUUUAUUGUGAAGUUUCUCACAAGAAGCGAUGUUAUUAUCAGAUUGCUUGACGUCGUUGGUCACAUGCAGCGACAACAUUAAUAAUAACGUUCAAACAACUGUAAAAUAUAUAUUUUUUAACCCAGCCAAACAACCGGUAUAUUAAUUGAUCUCAUCUAUAUAUUUGAGUUGGGUAAGUUAGCUACAACGAUUAAUCAAUAAAGUACAGGUACCUCAAAAUGGUCCAUAAAUACAUUACAGACGUUAAUUUACUUCAUUAGUUUUUUACUGCACAAUACUUUUCUGUCAAGGGAGUUUUUUUAUGUUUUGCCAAAUGUCUGUCUUUCUAUGUGGCAAACUGAUCUGUCCACUAACGUGUCGCACUCAGCCCCAGUGUCUCUGUCUGUCCCAGCAGCAGCAGGGUGGAGGUGUGUGUGAUGAGGCUGUAGUGUUUGAGCUUCAGGAUGGAGAUCCUGGUGGCCAAGCUGCUGGGCCUGCUGGGCUUGUUCGGCCUCAUGCUGGCGGGUGUACUGGUCCCAGUGCGACUCCUGCAUGCCGACUACGACAAGGCCCACAUAUACAGGAGAGCUCUGUCUCUGUGUAACUCGUUUGGAGGGGGCGUGUUCCUGGCAACGUGCUUCAACGCUCUGCUGCCCGCCGUCAGAGAAAAGGUGGCCGACGUCUUCCAGCAGCUCAAGAUCAGCAGCGACUAUCCUCUGGCUGAGACGAUGAUGAUGCUAGGCUUCUUCAUCACCGUGUUUGUGGAGCAGACCGUGCUCACCUUCAGGAAGGAGAAACCGUCCUUCAUCGACCUGGAGACCUUCAAUGCCGUCGGGUCAGAGGCCGGCAGCGACUCAGAGUACGAGACACCCUUCAUCUCCUCUGCACGGGACUCGCCAGGUGGAGGUGGCGGUGGCAGUCACCGUUCCCACGGACACCAUCAUGGACACUUCAGCCCUGCAGAGCUGGCAGGGGCUGGUCCUCUGCGGCUGGCCAGCCUGGUCCUGGCUCUCUCGGCUCACUCUGUGUUUGAGGGCCUGGCGCUCGGCUUGCAGGACGACGGAGCAAAGCUGGCUAGCCUUUUUCUGGGCGUGGCUGUGCAUGAGACGCUGGCCGCGGUGGCGCUCGGGGUGAGCAUGGCCAAGGCGUCUCUCGGUAUAAAGGACGGCGCCAAGCUGGGCGUCAUGGUCAGCCUUAUGAUCCCGUUGGGGAUAGUGGUGGGGUUGGGCAUUGAGUCGACUCAAACGCUGGCGGGCAACGUGGUGUCGGUGGUACUGCAAGGACUCGCCGCCGGCACCUUCUUGUUCGUCACGUUCUUUGAGAUUCUGUCCCGAGAGCUGGACGAUAAACAGGACCGGCUGCUCAAAGUGCUCUUCCUCAUCCUUGGCUACACGUCUCUCGCCGCACUCGUUUUCAUCAAGUGGUGACACACAGGAAGUGCCCUGACACACACAGCUUUACCAAAGUGAAACUCAUCACUCCAUUAAGACAGACUGGGAGACAAAUAUCAAAUAAUAUAUUUUAUUUACAAGAAAUGUAUCUCUUCAGGCUUUUUUGCACUUUUUAAUUUCCUUAAUACUUUUACAAGUUAUCCCUCAUGUUGUUAACCCAAAGUUCAGUGGUGGACGAAGUACUCGGAUAAAGUAAAAGUAGUAAUAUUUCAGUGUAUAAAUACUCUUUUAUAAGUAAUCGUACUGUUGUAGUUGGUAGGGAUGAAGCUCAUUUUAAUAGUUUUAUAUCCUGCUGGAUAGUUUAAUCUAUAAUGAUACAUCAUCAUUUAAUAGUUGAUUUUAUGUUUAGUUUUAUUCAUCUGAAUAUGGAAAGUAACUACAGCUGUGAAGUAAAUGUAGUGGAAUUAAAAGUACAACAUUUAGUAGAAGUAUAAAGUAACAUAACAUAUAAAUCCUAAAGUCAUGUAAAAGUAGCUCAAAUGUGUACUUAAGUAAAGUACUUGAGUAAAUGUACUUAAUUGAUUUCCACUGAUGUGAAAGUCAAAUACAAAGAAGUUUAACAUGUAUUAAUGCUUUCAGCCUGGUGUUAAGUUUACUUUCAGAAUAAACCUGCUGUAUCUAUAAUAAUCACUGGAGCCUUUUAAAGAUUCUCAACAUUUAUCCAUCUACAUGUAAUCUUUUAUUUUCUAUGACUUUAUUCAUUGUUGUAUGUGUUCAUAUUGUGAUCUUGAACAGUUUUGUAUUUAUGAUGGUGUGUGCCAUUUCAUAGUUGUCUCAUGUUUCUGUAGUGUAAGUUGAAAUUAAACAAUCACACUUGUUUAAGAA